GAGGUUCCCAUGUAGAUUCUUCGUCGGGGUAUCCGGUCCAUUUGACUUUGUAUUCAGUGAUUGGUUCCGGAUGAUCAGAUACCUGAGUGGUUCGUCGGCCGAUGAUGGUUUCGACAACGAAUUCAGGGCCUGUGGGUAGCAUGAUUGGUGGAGGUCUAGGAUAUGAGCGGUCGGCGAACUGGAGCGGAGAUUCAUGGUGUGAGUUUCUGGAGGCGGCGGGGUGGAGAGGAAGAAGGCGGUCGAGAGGCACRAUCCUGGCGUUCCAUCCGUAUAAGGUGGGCGGUCUGGAGGUCCUCGAUGGUGAAUUGGGAGGGGUCGAGARAGGCAGUGUCGAAGUCGUCAUCGGAGGUGGGUUGAGUGGUGUYGUUAUGGAAAAAGAGGGGGCGGGAGGGAGCGGGCGCGGACUGGUGAUGGGGGUGGAGGAGUCGAUCGUGGUGAAGCAUGCGACAGAGGAGGUCAGCAAGGGGCAUGUCGGGUUCGUGGGCGAGGGCGGUGGCAAGAUCUUUGUGGCAUACUCGCUUGAUGCGGGAGAUGAACGCAAAGUCGGGAAUGACGGUGGUGGGGAGGUGAUGGCGGACGGAGCGGAUGUAUUGGACGAAGCGGUCUGUGGGACCGGUUUGGCGGAGGUGGCAGAAUUGUUCGAGGUUGUCGUCAAUGGUUUUCUGGGGGCGGAAGGUGGCAGCGAGAAGUUUGGCCCAUUGGAGGAAGGAGUGACGUGGUACUCCAGAGGCUCGGCGGUUGCUCACUUCAGCCAUCCACCAUUUGGCGGCAUUGCCGAGGAGGCGGGAGGUGGCAAUGGGGAGCCAGUGGGCAAGGGGCAUAUGGUGGAGGUGAAAAGAGUUUUGGAGCUGGGUCAGGAAGAGGAAAACGUCCUCGUGGGGGAGGCCGGAGAAGGACAUGAUUUCGCCGGAUCGGAAGGAACGGGGGAUUUCCCCGUCGCGGUGAACGAUCUGCGAGAGGGUGUUGAAGCUGAGGUUAUCGGGGGUGGUGUCGUAGCAGGUGUGGUCGAUUUGGUUGUUGUCCUCAAGGAGGUGGUUGGGGGGGAGUUGUGGCAUUGCGGGGUAAACCCCCGAGGUGGCUUGGGAAUAGGUGGGACGGAUGGUGGGGAUGGUGGAGGUGGUCAUGAUGGGUUGGGAGAGGGUUUGGGAGUGCGGGGGGGGGAGGGGUGACAUGGAUGGGCGAGGAAUGAGGCGGUGUUCUGGAUGCGCCGGAUGAGGGAGGAGGUGGAGGGAACGGAACGAUGGUGGGGAUUG